AAAGACAAAUCUCCCUUUAACUCUUUGGACUACAACUACAACUACAACUACAACUACAACUCCCCUCUUUUCCUGCUUCUCUCGUCACCCUCUGUCUCUCAACAAUGGCGCAAUCGUCGUUGAAACCUACACCAUUGUUGAAAGAUGAACUGGAUAUAGUGAUACCCACGAUCCGGAACCUGGAUUUCUUGGAGAUGUGGAGGCCGUUCUUCCAGCCGUACCAUCUGAUCAUCGUCCAAGAUGGUGACCCAUCAAAGACCAUCAAAGUUCCUGAGGGAUUUGAUUACGAGCUCUACAACAGGAACGACAUUAACAGGAUUCUGGGUCCUAAAGCUUCUUGCAUUUCGUUUAAGGACUCUGCCUGUCGGUGCUUUGGCUACAUGGUUUCCAAGAAGAAGUAUAUUUUCACUAUAGAUGACGACUGUUUCGUGGCUAAAGACCCUUCUGGAAAAGAUAUCAAUGCACUAGAGCAGCACAUAAAGAACCUGCUGUCACCAUCAACUCCAAAUUUCUUCAACACCCUUUAUGAUCCAUACAGAGAAGGUGCAGACUUUGUACGUGGAUAUCCUUUUAGUCUUCGUGAGGGUGUCCCGACGGCUGUCUCUCAUGGCCUCUGGCUCAACAUCCCUGACUAUGAUGCUCCUACCCAGCUUGUGAAGCCUCAUGAGAGAAACACAAGAUAUGUUGAUGCGGUGAUGACAAUCCCAAGGGGUACUCUGUUCCCCAUGUGCGGUAUGAAUUUGGCAUUCAAUCGGGAACUCAUCGGACCAGCAAUGUACUUUGGACUUAUGGGUCAUGGACAACCAAUUGGAAGAUAUGACGAUAUGUGGGCUGGUUGGUGCAUGAAGGUUAUAUGCGACCACAUGGGAUGGGGGGUGAAGACCGGUUUGCCCUACAUAUGGCACAGCAAGGCAAGCAAUCCAUUUGUCAAUCUGAAAAAAGAGUACAAUGGUAUCUUCUGGCAAGAAGAAAUCAUCCCUUUCUUUCAAGCUGUCACCCUUCCACCGGAAUGCACUACCGUUCAGAAGUGUUACAUUGAGCUCGCUAAGUACGUGAAAGAUAAGCUUGGAAAGACAGACCCUUACUUCAUUAAACUUGCGGAUGCAAUGGUCACAUGGAUUGAGUCUUGGGAUGAACUUAACCCUGCUAAGGCAGCAUCUACCAGCCUACCCAACGGCACCACCAAAUGAAAUGCUCAGAAUGAAGAGCUCCUGCUCUUGGUAUAGAUAUAGAUUAUUAGUUUCUCCAUGAUUACUUAUUACUAUGAUUAUUUUUAUUAUCACUUUUUCUACCAGAAAAGUAUUGUUUUUUUUUUUUUUUUUUUUAAAUGAUAAACUUAAUUAAAUAUUAAAAACCCAAUGCAUCAGCAACAGGAGUAAGAGUAAAGUCUUCCCGUACAUGAAAACCGGGGAAGGAACGGGCCGGGCUGCCCUUGCUACGCCAUGUACCAGAAAUAGUGUUGUUGUUGAGGUUAUUAUUUGUAAUAUAAUUAGUAUGAUAUUUGUCAGCGUUAUCGUUA